GGCCCCAGCGGCUGAGGCUGGUGGCGGCUCGCGGGCGGUUGGUCCAGUUUUCCAGUCUCGUGGUUACCAUAGCUGACUCGGUGCCUUAGGGCACUGACCAGCGGCAGGCAUGGCUGGAACCUCCGCCCCCGGCAGCAAGAGGCGGAGCGGGCCCCCGGCGCCUAGCCCCGGCCCGCCGCCCAGUACCGGGCACCCUCCGAGCAAGCGAGCCCGAGGCUUCCCCGCGACCGCGACUCUGGAUCCCGAAGACCCGUUCGGCCCGCACGGGGAUUUCACCGCGGACGACCUGGAGGAGCUCGACACCCUCGCGUCACAGGCCCUGAGCCAAUGCCCGUCCGCUGCUCAGGACGUGUCCAGUGUUCAUAAGGUCCCCAGAUUAGAUGGACUGUCAAAAAACCCUUCAGGAAAAAACAGAGAAAUUGUUCCAGUUAAAGAUAAUUUUGAAUUAGAGGUACUUCAGGCACAAUACAAAGAACUUAAAGACAAGAUGAAGGCAAUGGAAGAAGAAGUCCUCAUUAAAAAUGGAGAAAUUAAAAUUUUGCGGGACUCACUGCAUCAGACUGAAUCGAUUUUAGAGGAGCAGAGAAGAUCACAUUUCCUUCUGGAGCAAGAGAAAACUCAAGCACUCAGUGACAAAGAAAGGGAAUUCUCCAAAAAGCUCCAGUCACUGCAGUCCGAACUCCAAUUUAAAGACGCAGAGAUGAACGAAUUAAGGACAAAGCUUCAAAGCAGUGAACGAGCAAAUAAACUAGCUGCUCCCUCCACUUCCCACCUCAGUCCCAGGAAAAGCCCGUCUGUGGUUAUAAAGGCAGAAGCAUGUUCUUCACAACUCGGGAGAACAGAGCCAGGAUUCAAGGCCCCAGUAGACAGAGAGGUUUCAGAGGAUAAGACCCACAGUCUGGGAGGCGACCCCAGAAAGCAAGAAGAGCCCCCAAAAAGUCUCGUUGACAGCUGGAUGCAGAGGUCAGACACUCAAGGUUCCAUUUUGAUAAACCUUCUCCUGAAGCAGCCUUUGAUCCCAGGGUCACCUCUAGGUCUGUGCCACCUCCUGAGCAGUUGCUCUGAGGCUCCUACCAGCACCUUGUUUGGCAGCCUGAGGACCGCAGGUUCUCGCGAUGGGUCAUUUCCCCUCUCGGCCCUCAGAGAAGCACAGAAUCUGGCACUUACUGGACUGAAUCUGAUUGCCAGGAAUGAAGGCUCAUGUGACAGAGACCCAGCAGAGGGAGGCAGAAGGGCCUUCCCACUCUGCCAGCUUCCUGGAGCUGUGCAUCUCCUCCCACUGGUGCAGUUCUUUAUUGGCUUACACUGCCAGGCUCUGCAGGAUUUGGCCGUAGCCAAGAGAAGCGGAGCGCCCGGGGACUCACCGACACAUUCCUCCCGCAUGAGCUCUGGGGUAGACACCAGCCCCGAGGACUCCCUCUGCAACCUGGAAGGCUUCUCCGUGGCUUCGCUCAGCAUUCUCCAGCACCUGGUGUGCCACAGCGGAGCGGUCAUCUGCCUGUUACUGUCAGGAGCCGGGGUGGAUUCUGCGGUUCAGGAAGGAGACCCGAGCCUGAUUUCCCAUGGGGAUGUGACCUCAGCCCCAGAGGGGCUUGCCGAUGACCAAGGCCAGCAUCCACUCUUGAAGAUUCUUCUUCAGCUCUUGGCUUUCUCUUCUGCAGCAACAGGUCAUCUGCAAGCCAAUAUCCUCAGCCAGUGCCUUAAGGUUUUGGUGAAAUUAGCUGAAAACGCUUCCCUUGAUUUCUUGCCCAGGUUCCAGUGUGUGCUCCCACUGCUGCCACAGUGCCUCAGGGCAGAGACGCCUCUCCCCAGUGUGCUGCUAACUGUUGAGCUCCUCUCCCUCCUAGUGGACCACGAGACGCUCACACCUCAGCUCUGCACCCACUCCGAAGGCUGCCUCUUCCUGCUGUUGUACAUGUACAUCACAUCAAGGCCUGACAAGGUGGCCUCGGACACACAGUGGCUUCAAUUGGAGCAAGAGGCGGUGUGGCUCCUGGCUAAGCUUGGUGUGCAGAGCCCCUCUUCCCCAGUGACUGGUUCCAACUGCCAGUGCAACGUGGAGGUGGUCAGGGCGCUCACGGUGAUGCUGCACAGACAGUGGCUGACAGUGCGGAGGGCAGGGGGACCCCCAAGGACUGACCAGCAGAAGCGGACAGUGCGGUGUCUGCGGGACACGGUGCUGCUGCUGCACAGCCUGUCCCAGAAGGACAAGCUCUUCACGGUGCACUGCGUGGAGGUCCUGCAUCAGUAUGACCAGGUGAUGCCAGGGGUCAGCAUGCUGAUUCGAGGGCUUCCUGAUGUGACAGACUGUGAAGAGUCUGCCCUGGAUGACCUCUGUGCCGCUGAGACGGAUGUGGAUGACCCCGAGAUGGACUGCAGCUGACGUCUGUGGGCAUCGAGCCACGCGGGGCACCAGCCUGCUGUUUUCCUCAUCUCAUCAACUGAUUAAAAGCAGUGACCGGCUGUUUGAGAACCUGCCA